UGUAUCGCUUCCCUCCCUCGUUCUCUAAUCUUCAGCGCAAUAUCGCCACAUUCCACUCAUAGGCCCUACUUUUGGACUCUGCUCCCCUUACAGUCACUUGCAUAGUAGUCAUGUUUAUUCACUCGGCCCUCCUCGCGCUUGGCGCGACGCUGGCCGCGGCCGUCCAGCCUUUGGAGGUUCAGGGCGCCUACUUCGUCAACCCCAAGACCGGCAACCGGUUCCAGGUCGUCGGCGUCGCUUACCAGCCCGGCGGCUCUGCGGGCUAUAACGAGGAAAAGAAGGUGGAUCCGCUGAGCAACCCAGAUAUCUGCCUCCGUGAUGCCGCCCUGCUCCAGAUUCUCGGUGUCAACGCGAUCCGCGUAUACAAUCUGAACCCCAACCUGAACCACGAUGCGUGCGCCAGCAUCUUCAAUGCCGCUGGCAUGUACAUGAUCCUCGACGUCAACUCGCCCCUGGUCGGCGAGUCUCUGACCAGCGACAAGCCCUGGGAAUCAUACUAUGCUGCCUACUUGAACCGCACCUUUGCGGUCGUUGAGGCCUUUAAGGACUACCCCAACACGCUGGCCUUCUUUUCCGGGAACGAGGUUAUCAACGAGGUUUCAAAUGGCGCCACUGUUCCCCCUUACAUGAGGGCCGUCACUCGCGAUCUGAAGAAUUACGUCAAGAACCACGUUUCCCGGCCCAUCCCGGUCGGCUACUCUGCCGCUGAUGUUCGUGAUGUGCUUUUCGACACGUACAACUACUUCCAGUGCUCCCUUGAAGGCGACGAUGACAACAUGAGUAAGGUCGACAUCUUCGCCCUUAACAGCUACAGCUGGUGUGGCGAGAGCUCAUUCGAAACCUCCACCUUCGACGACCUGGUCAGCGGCUUCACCGGCACCUCUGUGCCCGUCUUUUUUUCCGAGUACGGUUGCAACACCCCGUCUCCCCGCGUCUUCACCGAAGUCGGCACUAUCUACGGCAGCCAGAUGACUGGCGUCUUCUCGGGCGGCAUCGUCUACGAAUACACGCAAGAGUCCAACAACUACGGCCUAGUCGAGAUGAACGAGGACGGCACUGCCAAGCUCAGGGGCGAUUUCGAGACCCUGCAGGCCCAGUACGCCAAGCUCAAUUUCACCGAGAUCCAGAGCCAGAAGCCGCCCACGGGCGAGACGCCCAAGCCACCUGCAUGCAGCCCCAGCCUGAUCACCACAAAGGGCUUCAACAACAACUUCACGAUCCCCGUCCCCCCACCGGGAGCCGAGGAGAUUAUCAAGAACGGCGUGUCGCCCAAGCCCUCAGGCAAGCUGAUCGAGAUCAGCGACUGGACCGUCAAGUACGAGGUCCGCAACUCAAACGGCAACGUAAUCACCAACCUGGCUGUCAAGCCCCUGGCCGAUGACGCCAUCAACGAACCGGGCACCAACACGGAAGCAGGCACCGGCACCGGCACCAGCACGGGUUCCUCAGCCUCUUCCACCCCAAGCAAGGACGCUGCCCCGCGCACGGGUGCCGUUGUCUUACCCGCCAUGGCUAUGGGUGCCCUUGCCGUCAUGGCCGCAAUCUAAUUGCUUUGUUCUGACUGCCUUGGAUAUUUAAUGCCUCGGUAGAAAAGAUAAGAGGAUAGAACUGUGGAUAUUAUCAGCGAUAUAAGAGGGCGGGCCAAGGAGGUAAUUUAGGACUGGAGUGUAUUGUAUUUAUUGUACAUGGCAGACAGGCAAACCGGGCACUCAAGCCACUCAUGGCGAUCCAGCCGGGCCGCUGGGUAACUGGGUAAUGGGACAGACGGAGAGAAAAGGACCGGACAUGGUGUGUUUGGAAUCUGGUGCUUUUCUUUCUCGUGCUGUCUUCCUGUUCAGCUCGGCGUGAAACCUGUAUAUAUUGGAUGUAUGUAUGAUACCGCCUCCUCCAUUUAUCUCCCAAUUCCUACUUUGUUCGCGUCUUCGUAACUGGGGUAUUGCGCGUCAUGCUUGCCCUUGCAGGACUUAGGUCAUAGCAAGGGGUGUAAAUGGUACUUAUGAUGCUCGAGACACGCGAAACGAAGUUUCAAGCCUUGAAAAGA